AAACACAAACACAAACACCACCGUUUGCCUACAUAUAUCUACUGCUACUACUUCAAUACAAGUUAACUAAAUUCUAAGUACUGAGAAACAAAAAGUUUUAAGACAUACAUGGAUGCUUUGAGACAUUUCUCAGACCCACAGUACCUAACGGGGUCUGAUAUUUCGUCCUCAGGGUCAGAGAGUGACAAUGCUCAGAUGGUGAACUUGUCAUACGGGGAGGUCAAGCUAGCUUCGAAGAAUCCUAAGAAACGAGAUGGGAGAAAGAAGUUCAAAGAAACAAGACACCCGGUGUACCGUGGAGUGAGGAGGAAGAACUCAAGAAAAUGGGUGUGUGAAGUGCGCGAGCCAAAUAAGAAGUCGAGGAUUUGGCUUGGGACUUUUCCCACCGCAGAAAUGGCGGCGCGUGCACAGGAUGUGGCGGCAAUUGCGCUCCGCGGCCGUAACGCGUGUCUCAAUUUUGCCGACUCGGUAUGGAAGCUUCCGGUUCCGGCGUCGGCAGCAGCAAAGGACAUUCAGCGUGCAGCAUUGGAGGCGGCUGAGGCAUUUCGGCCAGCAGAGUUGGACGAUGUUUCUGGGGAUGACUUGACGCAGAGGUUAGAAAAUGCAGCUGCAGCAGUGACAGUGGCGGAAACAGCAGUGACAGUGGCUGCGGAGGCAGAGGCAGAGAUAGAGCCGGAAAGUGUGUUUUUUAUGGAUGAGGAGGCGGUUUUCGACAUGCCCGGGUUGUUGAGAAAUAUGGCAGUGGGGAUGUUGUUGCCUCCACCACCUCAUUGGUACGGUGGAGAUAACAUGGAAACUGACAGUGAGGUUUCAUUGUGGAGUUAUUCAAUUUGAUUGUUAUUAGUAAUAUUAUAGCUUAGUGCUGCAGUGUGAUGUGGGGGAAAGUUGGAGAUGGCGAUGUCAUACUGUACAAAAGAAUUUUUUGUAGCAUUUGUUUACACUAACAGAAAUAAUAAUCCGUUUUGGGUUUUAGCUAUAUCAAACUUUAGUUGAACUGGGUGACUAGUCCAUUGCUAAUACUCUAAUAAAGUAAUUGGAUUUUGUGUUU